AUGAUAGCUGCUAAAGACAUACGUGUCAGAUUCAUGAACGAACUGCUGGGUGAUAUCCGUGAAAAUUGUCAAAUUCUACCCGUGGGACGUCGGAUAAAGCAGCUUCCAACCGAAGAGCUCAAGGCACUCAAAGCCCGAAAGUAUUUAGACGCUCUUUGCGUCUACUUCUGGGCCCUGACGCCGGUUCUGGUGGCCAUUCUGACCUUCGCCACAUUCGUCUUGAUGGGUGGCACUUUGACUUCAGCCAAAGUUUUCACUUGCAUGGCCUUAUUCAACGUGCUAAUCAGUCCCCUUUAUGCCUUCCGAUGGGUCAUUGGUGGAUUAGUUGAAGCCUGGGUUUCGCUAAAACGUGUCCGAAAAUUAAUUCAACUGCCCAAUAUGCUUUCCGUAUUUGUGUGUGUGUGUGUGUGAAGACUACAUGUGGCCAGUUGGAGGGCUUUAAUUCAAAUUAAAACCAGAUUUUCUUAACAACUAUCUGCCUUCCUCUAGAUGACGCAAAUGUGUCAUCACAAGCAAAAGAAAUUUUUUAGAAUCAAAUUCAUGGUGUGGCUGUUUUUAAAGAUGUCGGACAUUUAUUGGUCUUUAACUGCGUCAUCAGGAUAAAAAUGCUGGAUAUAUUUGUGUUGCAAAUCCCUAUCAUAAAUGUGCACUGCUAGAACUACUCUCUUAAAAAAAAAAAAAAGCGCGUAAUAAUUUGUUUUCUG